AACACAAACUAUUCCCGAACGUUUACAGACCCAAGCCUCUCCUGGAUGGAGCACGUCAGGGGAUCAAGCUUCUGGCCUGCUGCUGAAUGGUUAUUUUCAGCGGAAAGUGUGCAUUUUACAGUGUUUCAUAAUUUCUUUACCAACACGCAAAUUACUGCCUUUGAGUACAUGAAAAAUCAUUCCUUCAUCAUCUGUAAUAAAUGUCUCAUCACUUGAACACUUGAUCAGAAGACAGUGAGUGACAAGUAUACAGUCUUGUAAAAUUGUACGCGGGCAAAAGGCUACUCACCUGAAACAUGGGAAAGGGAGCGGCAUGACCAGCGUUAAUGCCUAAUGAGACCACAAAACCCCAGCCGCCCAGGUGCUCGGCCGCCGGCAUGAAAAACAUCGAGAAUUUUGAUGACCUCCUCAUUCACAUUGGGACUGGCAGAUGGAAUGCUUUAUACUUUCUAGCUAAUUCGUUCGCGUACUUCGUGUGGGCGACACAGAGCUUGAGCUUCGUGUACAUGGCGCCGGCCCUCGACUAUACGUGCUUGCCCCCAGACAACGCCACCAGCGUCUCAGAGGAUUCGUGCACAUAUGUCGGGAUAACAGAGGACGGAGCGGAAGUACAGGAGCCCUGUACUGAGUGGCACUUUGAUACGUCUGUCUUCAGCAACACCCUCACCUCAGAGUUCCAGUUGGUAUGCGGUCGAGCCUACCUACGCGCCACCUACCAUAGCAUUUUCAGCUUCCUCUCCGUGCUCUGUCUGCUGUGGGGCUACCUCGCCGACAGGUACGGAAGAAAGGUGGUAGUAGUGCUGACCCACGUGCCGUUGGGCGUCCUCUACAUAGCCAUGAGUUUCCUUCCCACCUUCAGUAUGGUUCUGGCCUUUCGCGCACUGAUGGGAGCAUUGACCAACGCCACCUUGUAUUUACUUGCCAUGGAAGUGUGCGAGAUAAAUAAGCGAUCUACGGUGGGAAUCCUGAUGGGCCUGCCCUGGGCCCUGGGCACCAUGGUGUACGGUGGCUUGGGUUAUCUCAUCCGGGACUGGCGGUGGCUCAACUUCGCUAUCUCCGUUCCUUUCCUGUUCAUCUAUGUCUUCAUAUAUCUGUUUGAUGAGUCACCACGGUGGUUGCUGGUGACUGGAAAGAAGGAAAAGGCGCGACGGGUGGUGCAGCGGGCGGCUCGCAUCAACCAGGUUCAGUUGCCGUCUGAGGAGCAUCUAUUAACGGUGCUGCAGAAGACUCAGGAGCCCAUGCCGAAUGCGGAAGAGGGAAAGAUGAUCAAAACAGGGUGUACGUCGCCAAAAAUAUUCAGUACUCCUAUCAUUAGAAGAGUCACCAUCAUCCUCGCUACCUGUUAUAUCAUAACCACGCUAGUGUUCACGGGUCUCAACGUGGGCGGCAGCGUGUUCAGCCACAACCCUUUCAUAUACAUGGUGAUGGGUGGCUUGAUGGAGAUACCCGGCUACACCCUCUCGGCGCCCAUCAUCAACCGCUGGGGGAGAAAAGUGCCCCUCAUCGUCAGCUUCUUUGUAUGCGGUGCCUGCAUUCUCUCAACCGUCAUCAUUCCCAAAGAUAUGUCGUGGCUGGUGCUGACACUAGCCAUGCUGGGAAAACUGACAGUCAGCGGGGCGUACAUGAUCCUCGUGGUCUAUCAGGCAGAGCUGCAGCCCACCGAGGUCCGUCUGCAAGGCAAGGGCGUAGUUCGAGUAUCGGCGAGUCUUGGCGAGUGCAUCGCACCCUACAUCACUAGCCUACUGGCCGUGGCGUUUCCCUGGCUACCGUCAGUCCUAUUUGGAGUGACCUCCUUGGCAGCGUGUUUCUUGCUGGCAAUCCUCCCGGAGACUGUUGGGGAACCACUCCCUGAAACCGUGGAGGAUCUCGACAAGUUGUGGAGAAGGAAGUGGAUGUCGAGCAGCAACAGUGUAGAAGUCUAGACAACCACCAUCAUCACCUCAGGCAAACUGGCUGAUUACCCAUACCAGAUGUGGGAACAAUUUUAGACCUUCACUGACCCUGUAAUCUCCCAGCUAACACACUAACACAGAAAGCAUAGCUAGAUAUAAUUAUAAAUAACUGAUGACCUACCUGUGGUACACGUGACUAGCAGGGAACGGUAGCAACUGGCGAGUCGGUAACACUGGGCGUUCCAAGCCCAGUGGCUGGCCGUGUUUUCGUAGCAAAGACAGAGUAUUUGUUGGCGUGCAGCUUUCCGGCCUUCUAGGUUCUUAACCAUUUAGGGAAAUUUACAAGUGAGGACUACAGAAGGGCGGAGAAUUGUACUGGUGGACGGCUGACUGCCGACUGUUCCCGACUGCAUGGGUCGAGCAGAGAGCUUAGUUCACGAUUUGCCACGUCAGAAAUAAUAGCUACCCACAAUCCGCACAUCCCCAAUCCUAAUUCAUUUGCAGUAGGAACAAAUACUUAGUUUAUACUAUAUCAACCUUAAUUGAUUCUUAAUUUAACUUUACAAUUUAUAUACAAAUCACACCAUAAACCAAAAAUACGUUGAUAAAUAUGUGAUACAAGAGGAAAUUUCCACAACAGGAUUCAUUUCAGCCAACAUGCAAAGAAAGUCUAUCAGAAUUUCAGUCACUGUAAAUUGUUUGCAAUUUAUAGCUAAUUUCUAAACUUACUGGGUGAACUAGGCAAUUCACUUAAUGGCUGAAAAGUUCACUCACUUUACAAAUUGUCUGGAUUUAGAUAUACACUGUGAUAUAU